AUACACGCACUCUCACAUUAUCGCUGAGCAGUGAAAGCAAUAAGCCCGCACGAAGGGGAUGAUCGAUGAAUGAGGGAAAAUCAACAAGCGGUCCCUCAAGGUCCCUCAAGGUCCUUCCUGGUCCCUCCACUUGGUCCCUGCCUCCAGUGCUUCGAUCCGACUCGCACUGCAAGCAGAUUGUAUACAAGCAAAUAAGUAAUGCCAGGACCAAUCCUGGGCAGUCCUGCGUUCACGUUCUGGUAUGCAUCGACCGAUCGGACUGGAUCGCGGUCUCUUGAAUUCGUUCUGUGGAAGCAGGAUCUAAGUAACCGAAUUGGAGAUGUCGUAUUUCAGCGCCACCAAAAAGAAGGCGGAGAAGGGAUGGACGGCGCACGCAUGCCGAUGAUGGCGAUGGAGCCCUGUCAGCGAAUGCUGGCGUCGCAUUCCCACUUUGACAGCUCUUGAUGCCAUCUGAAGGCCGACGGCGCAACUCCGCCGCGCCGACAUUGGACGAGAGGACAUCGGCACGACGGAUCAAACGCACUGCGUCCUGAGAUCACUAGCCACGGAAAGAUGGGAAGACUGGGUUAUGUGCGCUUGUGUGCGUCAGUGUGUCAGUGUCGGUGUGGUGUGGCCAUGGAGAUCGCCAUCUGCGGGC